GCGACCGCGCAACUAUGGCAUUGGCCAGGACAUCCAGCCCAAGCGCAACCUCUCCCGCAUGGUGAAGUGGCCCGAGUAUGUCCGUCUCCAGCGCCAGAGGAAGAUCAUCAACCUCCGCCUAAAGGUUCCCCCAGCCAUCUCCCAGUUCCAGCACGUUCUGGACCGCAACACUGCCGCCCAGGCUUUCAAGCUCCUUAACAAGUACCGACCCGAGUCUAAGGCCGAGAAGAAGGAGCGAUUAGUCAAGGAGGCUACCGCCAUCAAGGAGGGCAAGAAGAAGGAGGAUGUCAGCAAGAAGCCCUACGCUGUCAAGUUCGGUCUGAACCACGUUGUCGGCCUGAUCGAGAACAAGAAGGCUUCUCUCGUCCUGAUCCCCAACGACGUUGACCCCAUCGAGCUUGUCAUCUUCCUGCCUGCUCUCUGCCGAAAGAUGGGCGUCCCCUACGCCAUCAUCAAGGGCAAGGCCCGUCUCGGAACUGUUGUCCACAAGAAGACUGCUGCUGUCCUCGCCAUCACUGAGGUCCGAUCCGAGGACAAGAACGAGCUCUCCAAGCUCGUGAGCGCUAUCAAGGACGGCUACCUCGCCGGAUCCGAGAACGCUCGACGACAGUGGGGUGGUGGUAUCAUGGGUGCCAAGGCCAACAAGCGCAUCGAGAAGAAUAAGAAGGCUCUGGAGUCGGCCAUCAAGGUCUAAGCGUUAGGGCUGGUCACGGGAUCAUGAUUUCUAUAUUUGCACAGUUCCGGCGUUGGAGGAGGUAAAAGGGAAUACCAACCACAUGGAUUUGCAUAAAGCCUAUCUAGACUCCAUCUGCAGAGUUUCGCCGACGACCAAUGUGACAAAUGAAUGAUCGAUGCAAUUUCGUAAAGUCCAUGUUCGCUAUUUUCCCGUAAUAUCCUAACCGUUCGAGCCAAGACUUGGCUAUUGUAUCUUCCAAAUAGGUGAAUUUCCUGGACCCGGAUUAGUUCGUACGCUUGGUGUUGUGGGAGAUUACCGCAUGAGGAUAGUUGAACCGAGCCAAGCAUGCCAAGUAAAUCUCUUCGUAGCGUCGUAUUUUCCCACGC